GUGACCUCCAAACUCGUGACGUUUUACGUACAGGUGAGAACCAGGAAGAGAACGUACCCCAACUCACAGGACUUGCCACGCCCUUGUCAGGUGGGCUAAGUGAUUCUUGCAUCUCAAUCAGCAAUAUGGCCAGCUCCUAUAAAUACCCUGAUGGAAGCUCCUACUCGGGCAAUUGGAGUGAAAAUGGUCAACGCCAUGGUUACGGACAUAUGAAGUUUGCUGAUGGGUCAGAGUUCUGGGGGAUGUUUGACAAUGGCUUGUGUACAGGGAAUGGAGUCAUGAGGUUCCCAGAUGGUUCCAGGUAUGAGGGUGAGUUCAGACAGGGCAAGUUCAACGGCUACGGGAUCUUCACUCGCUGCGACAACAUGCGGUUUGAGGGAGAGUUCAAGGAAGGAAAGAUCUGGGGCAUGGGUCUGAUCACAUUCUCGGACAAGACACAUGGAUUGCCGCGUAACGAGGGGUACUUCGAAGGGAACAAACUCCUUCGUCGAGAAAAAUGUUCUGGGAUCAUUCAACGGGCAAGAGAUGCUGCCAAUAAGGCAAAGUCUUACGGUUCCUGAACAAUUGUUUUUCAUGAAUCUUGAAACAAAGAACCCAAUGUGCCUUAUAAUCUGAACUAUGGAGGGAGUAUGUAGCAUAUUAACAUGUCAAAUGAAGCCUGGCAUGAAGAAAGGGAGUACUGAGAGAACUUAAUCAAACAUGACAACCAAUCACUACCGCAUGCUUACAGCUCAUGUUGGUUCCAUUGUUGAAUUUUAUAUACUUAGUAUAAAACGAUUUUUAUGUUCAACAAGUGUUUAACAUUCAGGAGGGAUUUCUCUAUCAGAGGGUUAGGGGACAGUGGGUUUGUAUUCAGGACUGUAUCAUAUUUUGAUGAUCUGCAUUUUAUGUAACAAUAUUUAACACACAGACAUCAAUAACAAACCUAAAUUUUUGUGAUAAAUUUUAGCAGCACACACCACCCACAUGUUUUUCUGUGUGAUGCAUCACACACACCCCACUUGAUGGAAUGGGGUGUUAUCACUGUGGUGCAUAAUGGUAAAGAACGUCCGACUGUAAUUGUGUCUUCUUACAUCUGCUGUAGUCAUAUACAUUAAAAGCUUGUUAAUCUGGAGAUCUGACAUUUCAGAUUAAUACUGCUGGGAAUUCCAAUAUGACAACAAAGACACAUAACUAUGCACCUCUGUUUUGUUAUCUGGAAGUUUGUAGAUUCUGAUGAAAGAGUUUGGAUAUACACCGAAACGUUGUGUUCCUCAAUAUAAACAACUUGCCAUCCAUAAAAACAAUCUUCCUUAUGGUUUCACUGUAAAUGAUAUGUCACUGUAAGUUGUAAGAAGGUGUGAUAGAAAGCUGAGUGCAUUUGUUGAAGAUUGGCGGGAAUGUCCAUCGAAAUCUGCCACUGCUGAUGGCAGCCAUGGCAGAAGUUCUGCACUGGAGAUCAGCCGAUGUUGAGUCGUUGCUAGCAUUAUUUGUAAACAUGGACAAGGUUGUAAACAUGAA